AAUUCGGUGAAGUUUACGUGCUUGUGUUCUUCAGUCUGCAGCUCUCUGCUCAUAUCAAAACCAGUGAGUACUAUACAAGUACUAAUUAAUUUACAGUAAACAAAAGAAGAUCAUAUUCAGAUUGAAAGAGAAGAACUGAGUAUAAGAAAAAAUUGUCAUCAGCUCAAGUAGAUCCACAUGACAAGAUGAGGGCUAGAGAUGUUAACAAAGUGGCUAAAGGACAACAAGCCCCUCGCCCUGUUCAUGAAACUGGCACUGUUUCUAAACCUCCUCCUCCUUCCUCCACUGACCACCAGUUUGAGACGGAAGAGAGAGCUAAAGCUAAUGCCAUUGCUGAUGAAAUCCGCCAUUGUUAUGCUCGUUUCCGCCACUACCAUAGGUGCCUUGAAGAAAAGGGAAAAGACUCGGAGUGCGAGAAGAUUAAGAAGGAUUACAAAUCGUCUUGUCCUUCAGAAUGGAUUGAAAAGUGGCAUGAAGAGAAUGUGGUUCGAAGUCGAUAGUUCUAAUCACCAAAAAUGGGGCUUUUGCAACUAUUUGUAUUUUACUUCUUAUUUCUUUAAUUUUUGGUUUUUGGCCAUAAUAAUUUAAUGAAGUGAACCAUGAAUUAUUUUGUCUUCUGUACGUGUUAGUACUUUGGUAUAGGCUGGGCCUGCAGCUUAUUAGAUGUUUUUACCACGUUAGCUAUCAUCAA